AUGACUCUGGAGUCCAUGAUGGCUUGUUGCCUGAGCGAGGAGGCGAAGGAGUCGAAGCGAAUCAAUGCCGAAAUUGACAAGCAACUUCGCCGAGACAAGCGAGAUUCCAGGCGGGAGUUGAAAUUACUUCUUCUCGGCACAGGAGAAAGUGGCAAGAGUACUUUCAUCAAGCAGAUGAGGAUCAUCCACGGCGCCGGUUACUCCGAUGAAGACAAGAGAGGCUUCAUCCGACUGGUUUAUCAAAACAUCUUCACCUCCAUGCAGGCUAUGAUCCGGGCCACUGAGAACCUAAAGAUCCCCUACAAAUUUGAACAGAAUCGGUCUAAUGCCAUGCUGGUAAAAGAAGUGGACAUUGAGAAGAUCAACGGCUUUGAUCAACCUUACAUCGCGGCCAUCAAAUGCUUGUGGUCCGACCCGGGGAUCCAGGAGGCCUAUGAUCGUCGCCGAGAGUACCAACUCUCCGAUUCUACGAAAUACUAUCUUUCCGAUCUGGAUCGCAUUGCAGAUCCCAGCUAUCUUCCCACUCAGCAGGAUGUGCUCAGGGUGCGCAUUCCCACCACAGGCAUCAUAGAGUACCCCUUCGACUUGCAGAGCAUCAUUUUCAGGAUGGUGGACGUGGGUGGUCAGCGGUCAGAAAGGAGGAAGUGGAUCCACUGCUUUGAGAAUGUCACUUCCAUCAUGUUCCUCGUGGCACUGAGCGAGUAUGACCAAGUCCUGGUGGAGUCUGACAACGAGAACCGCAUGGAGGAAAGCAAAGCUUUGUUCAGGACUAUCAUUACCUAUCCAUGGUUUCAAAACUCCUCCGUCAUCCUGUUCCUCAACAAGAAGGACCUGUUAGAGGAGAAGAUUUCCUACUCACACUUGGUUGACUAUUUCCCAGAGUUUGAUGGUCCACAGAGAGAUCCGCAGGCAGCGCGGGAAUUUAUCCUCAAGAUGUUUGUGGACUUAAACCCCGACAGCGACAAGAUCAUCUACUCCCACUUCACGUGCGCCACGGACACUGAGAACAUCCGCUUUGUGUUUGCUGCUGUCAAGGACACCAUCCUACAGCUCAACCUCAAGGAGUACAACCUGGUUUGA